UAAACAGAAAGAAAGAGUUGAACACUUCCUCUAAAGGAACUGGAUUGUUCACUUUAAGACAGCAAAGCUGGGUGGGAAGCCCUCCCACUGCUGCUGCUGCCAGAUAACAGGAAACUGAAACUUCAGUGUGAGCGGGAGAAAUCAUGGCUCACAGGUCAGAGCUGUUCGACUGUGUUAUUUGUCUACAAACACUUGAAGAACCAGUCACCACCGCCUGUGGACACAGUUACUGUAUGAGAUGCAUUAAUUCUUUCUGGGACACAAAACAAGACAAUGAAGGAAAGUACAGCUGCCCUCAGUGCCGGACAACUUUCAGGAAAAGGCCUGCUCUUCAGAAGAACACACUUCUGGCCGGCCUGUUGGAAGAACACAAGAAGAAAACCAGCCCAAGUGCAGCCGCUGCUGAAGACGUCUCUGCUUCUUUACCAGACGAUGUGCAGUGUGACGCCUGCACUCAGAGGAAACAAAAAGCUGCGAUGUUCUGUCUCACGUGCCUGGCCUCGUACUGCGAGGAACAUCUGCAGCCUCAUCUUGACGUGGCGGCGCUGAAGAAGCACCAUCUGAUCCAGGCCUCCAACAGAAUCAAAGAGAGCAUCUGCUCGCGUCACAACAGACGCCUGGAGUUUUACUGUCGUUCUGACGAGCAGCUGCUGUGCCCGCUUUGUGUGGUGGACCACAGAGAUCACAACGUUGUAGAGGUGGCAGCAGAAGUGCACGUAAAACGGAAACAUCUGGAUUGGAUCAGGCAGCAAAUUGAACACAAAAUGGAGGUUUCAAAGAGUAAAAUGGCUCGGCUGACGGAUGCUGCAGACGCUAUAAGAGAUGCUGCCUGGGAGGCRUGCGAUGACUUUGAGCAACACUGCACAGAACAUACCUCUUUAUUCGGCCUCUAUCUGGAGAAGAAAUGCUCCGAGAUGAGAGAGAAAGUUGGAGAACUGGAGAAAACUGGAGUGGACUGGAUGAACGGUCACCUCGGGCCACUGCAGCGUGACGUGUUUGAACUGAAAAGAAUGAAGAAGGAACUCAGCCWGAUUUCUCACACAGAUGAUCCCAUUCAGUUUUUUCAGGAUUUCCAGGCCCUUCCUGGUGACCUUCUUGCGUUCACAAACACGCAAGAGCCACUCGAUACACUGACGGGGUUUGUGACCGCGCAGGUAGACGAACUGAAAAGGAUGUGUGACAAAGAAAAGGAUGAAUCAUUCAGGGAUUUUACAACUAUUACAAUGUCACAGAUUCUAAAAAGGCCUUGCGUGGAAAGCACAUCAAGAGAGGAUAUGUUAUUUCUUCGUAGGAACACCAAACUGGAGCUGGAUCCAGACACYGUCAACGCGUGUCUUUACGUGACAAGAACAAAGAAAGAGAUGUCAUGGGGAAUAACGGGCCAGGCUCAUCCUGAUCACCCCGACAGAUUCACCUACUACUACCAGGCUCUGUGCCGAACGGGCCUUCRGGGAAACCACUACUGGGAGGUGGAGUGGGACGGCGGCAUCGUCGAGGCGGCCGUGUCGUACAAGAMCAUACGAAGAAAGGGCUCGGGCAAAGACAGCUGCUUCGGCCACAAUAAGCUGUCCUGGAAGUUGAUCUGCUCUCCUUCCGGCUGCAGGUUUUGGCACAACAACCUACACAAAGACCACAUCCCAGCGGUUCACUCCCGCAUACUGGGCGUGCUACUGGAGUACGAUGAAGGGAAGCUGAGUUUCUACAGCAUUUCAAGCCCUGACCGCCGGCCCACGCUCCUGCACCAGAUCCAGACCAGCUUCACUGAGCCGGUCUACCCAGGCUUUUCUGUUGAUCUUGGUGCAACUCUGACAAUAUGUUAAAUUCACCUUCGUCGGUGCUCAUUUAGAACAUAUGGAAGUUAGACAAACACAAAUAAACURCAAGGAACUGGACAAUGAAAACAUUCCAGAGAAACAUUUAUUUGCACUAUAUUUUUAGGGCUAAUUUCUAUUUUUUUUUUCAUAACUGAAAUGAAGAAUCUAAAAGAAGUACGAGGUUUUGAUGCAUUUUUUUGUCCCUUGACUUGAAUCAUCAUGAAUGCAAUACAUAUUUUUGMGAUAUUAUUUCUAAAGUGUAAAACAUGGUGGAAUUACUCAGUAAAUUUGCUUCAUGUAAUCACGCUUUUCAAUUGAAAUAUUUCUUUUGUAUGCUUUUUGUCAAAACCUGCAUUACAGCAAUAAAAUGUUUACAUAUAAGAAAAUAAAAAGGCUUGAUAUAAAA